ACCAACUGAGCAGGGAGUACACUCUUGAUGUUUAUAAGAUGACGUCAGUCGUAUCACAACAUGAUGCUAAGAAGGCAGGGGCUGAAGUUGUGAAACAAGUCAAGUUCCCACUAUUGAGUGGACUACUCUAUCCUGGACUACAAGCUCUUGAUGAAGAGUAUUUGAAGGUUGACGCUCAAUUUGGAGGAGAAGAUCAGAGGAAAAUAUUUACAUUUGCAGAGAAAGUAAUAAUUAAUAAUAAUAAUAAUAAUAAUAAUAAUAAAAUAAUAGUAAUAAUUUCUUUAUUUUGAAUCAGUACGGAUACCAAGUAGUCUGAGUCUCAGUAUCGAUGGUAUCGAGUAGUGAAUGAGUAGUCAGCUACUGCGC